AUGAACACUCCACGUGUGGUGAUUGUUACAGGCGGCGCUGACGGCUUCGGGGCUGCUAUCGUGGACCGAUUCAGCCGCGAGGGAUGUAAGGUCAUACUUAUAGACCUGGACCAAGCGAAAGGUGAAAGCAAGCAACGAGCCGAUUCAAAUAUAAGUUUUCUCCCUGGCGAUGUGACUCGCCCAGAGACAUGGCAGAAUGCCCUGGAUUUGGCACAGACAACCUACGGCAGGGUUGAUGUGGUCGUCAACAAUGCUGGAAUCACCCAUAAUCCAUCUCCCAUCCACACGAAGAGUCUCCUUGAAUAUGAGAAGACAUUCAACGUUAAUGUGAAACCCGUUUUUAUCAGUGCACAAGUCUUUGCGCCUGUAAUGAUCCAACAGGGACAUGGGAUCUUUAUCAACAUAACGAGCACUGGAUGUACACGCCCUCGACCGGGAUUUGCCAUUUACAACGCCUCCAAAGCAGCUGUAGAAGUGGCAACCAAGACAAUGGCCCUUGAGUAUGCCCCAGCGAUUCGAUUCAACUGUAUUUCCCCUGCUGUGGGAAACACUACUAUGCUUCAAGCUAGCAUUGGAAAUGGCGAAGAUUCCCACCAGCGACUCCGGCAAGUGGAGGAAUCGUUGCCAAUGAAACGGCUAUGCCAGCCAGUGGACAUAGCCAAUGCAGCAUGGUAUUUGGGAUCGGAGCAGAGUAGUUUUGUAACGGGAACGACAUUAGAGAUGAGAUGCAUCCGACCACAAAGGGAGCAUCAUGACGAUAACUCGACAGAACCAUGCCAACGAUGUAAGCGCACCAACCGCGAGUGUAAUAUCCCAGAGCCGAGAAAACUUGGAAGAAAGCGCGGUGCGACAGGUCGCUAUCAAGGAUUUGAAAAGGCCUAUCGGAAAAUGCGGUCGGAAUUGAAGAAGGCGAAAACGUCUCAUACAGACGAGAAUGAUGAAAUGGAUAAUUUUGUCGCAAGGGAAGAGCCAAUUCUAGAGCUCUUAUUCUCCAACCACCCAACUGAGACAACCGACUCCGCCCACGCGUUACCAGAAUUGGGAACUGAAGGCUCUAGCGUCCUGAGCUAUAACCCGACUGUGACAACUGCACAAGAUGAUGAGCCGUUGGCGAACCUUGUCUCUCCUGUAUUCGGCAGCGGCGAACUCUCUCAAUCCAAUCGCGAACCAAUCAGUAAUCCUUUGGCCUUGCUGGCAGAUGCCUCCGAUGCCGCCCAGGCUUUGGAGCUGCACUCAAAAUCUGCCAACCCUUCCCCAGAAACCAAUGAAUCAUCUUCUGCGACGCAGUCGUCAGCCAGCCAGCCAAUCGGAGCAAGACUGGGUCGUCAACUGCUUCAUCGGCCAGGCUACGUGUCACUUGGUUUACAACUAGGCAGGGAUACUCUAGAAGCAGGAAUAGAUACUCUGGUCGGCCCUUCUGAGCACCCAUACCGUUACUCUAACUAUUUCAAAUCGUCUCUGCAGGUGCCUCUACGCGAUGUUGGCCCCGAUGUUGACCCGGUGGACCUCGGUCUGGUUACCAUGGACGAGGCCUGUUAUUUGUUUCCAGUAUAUUUCGUCCGCUUGCAUCCAGUCAAUGGAAUCCUAGACCCGACGUUUCACACCCCGGAUUUUGUGCGUUCGCGAUCGGCUCUUUUGUUCACUUGGAUACUGGCUUUAACUGCACAAUUCGAUCAUGGUUCAGCAUCACUCGCCAAGCGAUUACGCCUUCAUGGUGAAAAGCUCUCGAAGCACGUUCAUACUAGUGGAUAUAAGUCGGUUGAAAUCGUUCAAGGCUACUACAUCUCAUUGCUAUCAGCCACUCCUGCAGAGACACUGGCGCAAGAGCGCUCAUGGCUCUACACAAUGUACGCCCUUGGUGUAGCAGCCGAACUAGGGUUAGACCAAGAUUCGCAUGCCAAAGAUUCGACCCCCCUCAACACGAUCAAUGCUUCAUAUUCUAGAACCCAAGAUGCAACCCCUACACCACUUCCGGGAAAUGACUCGUCGCGCUUAUUACUGGGGUAUCCUUCGAAAGACCUGACUGAAAACCAACGCAUGGCGCGAAAUCGCGAGAGAACGUGGCUAAGGAUUCUACUAUGGGAAAGAGCGAAUAGUGCAGCCCGUGGUAGAAAUCAUACUUUCCCAGAAACAGACUUGACACAAAGGGUUGACAGCUGGUGGAUCCACCAUCUGGCGGACCCGACAGACAAGCACACAUGUGCGUUCAUCACCCUGCGACGUAUUCUAGCAUCACUACAAAAUGAACUAAGACAUCAAGCUCAUUUGACCCAUGGUGAUUCCCAUUGGGUACGAGAAAUGGUUGAUUCAAGUCUGAGACCCUGGUGUGACCUUUGGCUAUCACAUCCAAUGCCCAAUUUAAUCACAUCGCCAUCUGAGAAGCUAUCUAGCAUUUUCCUCCAUUAUGUUUAUCUCCAUGGAAGACUUUGGACCUUGUCAUUUGCCCUUCACGGUUCCAUAAGCGGCGACCAAAAUAUGGAUGCAAUCCGAGCGGAUUGCUUCGAGGCCGCAGUCAAUUCUUGUGAGCUCGCCGUGCGCGAUUUGGAUAACAUUGGGGAACCAUUAUAUUGCAUGUUAGCUCCCACUUGGGCCAUGAUAUCCUACGCCGGCGUUUUAGCUUUGAAGUUGUUCCCCGCCUUGUAUGGAUCCCGCAUCGGAAACGACGUGGAACUUCUUGCUUUACUCAGUCAAGUUGCCAUUCAGUUAGAGCGUGCAGGCACAACACCAUCGCAUCGAUUUGGAAUUGCUGCGUUGCUUGGACAGCACCUCAUGAUGAUUCUGAGAGCCAGAGCAGCGGGACUGAAAGACUUAAAUCAACUUAGCCAGGCCAGAACAGAUACGUACACCAACACCGGGUUUGAUGAUGGAGUGAGACGAUUCAUGCCACAGCAGUCUCCCCAUUCAAAACCGUACGAGACUCUUAUCUCAGAUUACGAUCCUUUUUUGACUACAGCUUCGAUGUCUACCCAGGGGGAUCUGACUGGUGAGGGGUUUGCAGACUUUAUCCGGGAGAUGUUCGGGCCUGGAUUUGGGGGUGUCUUUUGA